AUGGCCUCAGCCGGGGGCUUGACUCGCCGGAGAGGUGGCGGUCGAGUCGCUGGCGCAGAAGACAAUGAUGACAGCAGAGUCUCUUCGCCCAUAUCGAGAAACGGUUCGUCGCUGGACAACCGCGUCCCCGAAACGUCAUUCACCAGCGCCGAAAAUGGUCAUAAGAUCGCGUUCGACCCCCGAGACAUCAGCGAAACGGAGGAGCGCAGCAAACAGCCUAAGCUCACCCUGAUGGAGGAGGUACUUCUACUGGGAUUGAAAGAUAAACAGGGCUACCUUUCGUUCUGGAAUGAGAACAUCUCCUACGCCCUGCGAGGGUGCAUCGUGAUCGAACUGGCCCUCCGCGGUCGCAUCAGCAUGCAGAAGGAUUCCUCUCGACGACGUUUCCCCUUGGCCGAUCGGGUGAUCGAGGUGAUCGAUGAUACGCUGACGGGUGAGGUCUUGCUGGACGAGGCGUUGAAAAUAAUGAAGUCGAGCGAGAAGAUGAGUGUCAACUCCUGGAUCGAUCUACUGAGCGGUGAAACAUGGAACUUGAUGAAGAUUGGUUACCAGCUGAAGCAAGUGCGCGAACGUCUCGCCAAGGGCUUGGUCGACAAGGGCAUCCUGCGCACCGAGAAACGCAACUUCCUCCUCUUUGAUAUGGCUACACACCCCGUGGCUGACGGCGGCGCCAAGGACGACCUCCACCGCCGUGUCCGCAACAUCUGCAGCAGUCGCACCGUCAUCCUUCCCGGCAACGCCUGGCUUCCCGAGGACGCCGAAUUCCGCUACCUGCGGACGAUCACCAUGGUAUGCGCCGCGUAUGCGGCCAAUGUUCUGGAGAAUGCGCUGGUCACAAUGAGCCACGAGGCUCGGGAACGGGCAUUUGCGCAGGUGGAUGAGUUGUUGGCCGAGUACUCGCAGUGGCCGUUCGGCCGGAGGGCAGGUGGCUCGCAAGCCAUCGGAGCCAAUCUGGCGCAGGCCAUUAAUGACGAGGUGAACAAGGCUAAGGACAAAGAGCUCCAGUUGGAGAUUGUGGCGGCAUGUUUGAGCGUUUUCACUAGACUUGAUUCUCUACUGUAA